UAGAUGUUACAAUUCGUACCGUGCACUCUGAAAUCGCAAAGCAUCAAGGGGAUCAAGAUCUGUAAGUCUGUGAUUGACAAAUCAUCGUUUGUCCUGCUUGCAAGAAGAAAAUACAACAGAAUGGUCAAAUAUUUAAAUCAGUCGGAAGCUAUUAACGUUGACAAAGAUCUGUUCGAGAAGUAUAAAUUUAGCGUAGAUCAGUUAAUGGAGCUAGCCGGGCAAAGCUGCGCCGUUGCGAUUGCGAGAUCUUACCCGUUGUCGUUGGACUCGAAGGACGCAUCCUCUAACCGAGUAUUGGUGUGCUGUGGGCCUGGCAACAACGGUGGUGACGGCCUAGUUUGCGCGAGGCACUUAAAGCUCUUUGGAUACUCGCCAGAAAUCUAUUAUCCAAAGAGGACGAAUAACGAACUAUACCAAAGGCUGUUGCAUCAAUGCGUCGAGAAUGGUGUACUUGUACUGGAAAAUCAGCGCAUAGAGGAAGCAACUGCAGACUCGACAGUUUUUUUGCACAAAUAUGCGAUUGUAGUGGAUGCUCUUCUGGGAUUCAGUUUCAGACCACCAGUUAGAGAGCCGUUUGUUCAUAUCAUCGACAUGUUGAAAAGCACAAGCGUGCCUAUUUGCAGCGUGGAUAUACCAUCGGGCUGGGAUGUCGAGAGAGGCCCACCUGAGGAUGGUGGCAUAAAGCCACAAAUGUUGAUAUCUCUAACGGCACCAAAAAUGUGUGCGUCAAAGUUCGACGGAGAAUUCCACUAUCUGGGUGGACGAUUUGUGCCUGAGAAGUUGGAAUCUCAGUAUAAUCUCAAUCUACCGAAAUACGCUGGCACGGAUUUUAUUGUUCGGUUAUAUUGACAAAUGCUUACAAAUCCUGUUCUAUCCUAUCCCGUGCGUAAUGUGUUCUCAUCGUCAGAAAGUACAUUUGAAUUUAUCACGUGACCAACUUUUUUUUCAACUAUUGUAUUAGUUACUCGAGAGAAAUAUUUAGCUGAAAAACAUAAUUCUGAUCAUAAACAAUUUAUAUUUCUCCUUGUUCUCCAACUGUUUACGAAAGCAGUUAUUUUAAUAUUAUACAUAUAUGUAUGUAGUAUUUUCAAGUGCAGUGGAUUUUAACCUAACCUAACUUAACCUAAUCUAACCGGAUCGAUCACAUCAUGUGUUUUACUUUGAUUUCUGGUUGCACGAGACCAUGAUAGAGUCUGAGCACAAGAAUUAUCGUAAUACCUACUUAGACUUGAAUUGUAGACAUAAGUAACGCACAAACUUUCACGUAUGACGUACGACUUAUUGUCGUGUCUUUAAAAGACAGCAAUAAAUCGUAUGUCAUACGCCAAAACUUGAGUGUUACUUACGUCUACAACUUAAGUCUCUAAAUAAGGGUUAGAACAAUUCUUGUGCUCACACCCAUACUUUCGAGUCACAUAUGGAUUAAUCAAAUUGGGUUGGAUUCAGACCCACUACACUCGAAAGUGCUAAUAAUUAUUGAUAAAUAAAUUAUAUAUACACUUUUGAAUUUA